AUGCGCCAUUUCCACAAUAGGUCCGGGCGUACUUCCCACAUGCGAUCCCAGCAUGAAUCACAAAAUUUACCACUACCACACCAUUCAUCCGCCAGUUUCAGUAGUUCUUCCCCGCCUACUAGUCGCAAGCGCAAGGGAGCUCCUGACAGUCACGCUCCAAGUCAGGAUAGUAGCGCUCAUGAUUUCAAGGUGGCGUUCAAUCCACCUGAGGAUGCUCAAGAGGCUCCUCAAGCAACUACUAGAUCAUAUCAUCCCAUCAUUAACGGUACAUGGAGAAUCUGCGAUGAUAAAGGGAAUUUUAUACCCUCGGACGCUCCACCACCUCCACACCCAUCAGAUCGCGGAUCUGACGACUGGACGCCAUACAACGAUCGUGUUGAGUUCGAAGUUGCCGAUUUCAUGUACCAUCGAAACCAAAUGUCUGCAGGCGACAUUGAUUCAUUUUCAAUCUCUCACGGUGAUACCCCACCAUUCAUGAACCACACCGACAUGUACAACACUAUCGAUUCAACUCCUCUUGGUGGUGUUCCCUGGCAAAGCUUCAGCUCACAGUACAACAGAAUUUUACCUGACGACUUGGAUGAUGUUCCGUCAUGGAUGAAGUCUGAGUACGAUGUAUGGUUCCGAGACCCUCGGCUCCUGGUGCACAACAUCGUAUCGAACCCGGAUUUCAAGGAUGAAUUCGACUAUAUGCCACUACAGGAGUAUAGUGUUAGUGAUGGAACACAUCAAUUCCAGGACUUUAUGUCCGGUGACUGGUGUUGGAAACAGGCCGACUUAAUCGCACAAGACCCGGAUACAAUAGGGUCAAUGUCCGUCCCUAUUAUCCUUGGAAGCGACAAAACGACAGUCUCUGUUGCCACCAGCCAUAAUCAAUAUUGGCCGGUCUACAUGUCCAUUGGCAACAUCCGCAACAAUGUGCGGCGUGCACACCGCAAUGGUGUUGUACUACUUGGCUUCUUAGCCAUUCCGAAAACUGAUAACGAAGCCACUAAGGAUGCGCACUUCCGAAAGUUCCGACGCCAACUUCUACACUCGUCACUUGCGAAAAUGCUCGAAACACUCGAGCCUGGAAUGACUAAACCAGAGGUGCUCCGUUGCCCUGAUGGCCAUUUCCGACGAGCUGUGUAUGGUCUUGGACCGUACAUAGCUGACUACCCCGAGCAAGCGCUGCUUGCGUGUAUAAUACAAAAUUGGUGUCCUAAAUGCACCGCACCAGCAGACAAUCUCGAUGAAGGCACAUAUGGCCGACGUUCCCGCGAUCACACCGAGGUAUUGGUUGAGGAGUUUGAACUAGGCGUUCUGUGGGAUGAGUACGGCCUCAUUGGAGACAUCGUACCAUUCACUAAUUACUUUCCACGUGCCGAUAUACACGAGCUCCUUUCACCAGACAUCUUACACCAGCUCAUCAAGGGAGCAUUCAAGGACCACCUAGUUAAAUGGGUACACGACUACAUCGAGGCUCGAUAUAUGGAAGCCAAUGCGAACAAGAUACUAGACGACAUUGACCGUCGCAUUGCUCUAGCUCCAACGUUCGCAGGCCUUCGACGAUUUCCAGAGGGUAGAGGGUUCAAACAGUGGACUGGUGACGACUCGAAAGCACUUAUGAAGGUCUACAUACCUGCUAUUGAGGGUCAUGUACCCACAGAAAUGGUACAGGCUUUGCGAGCAUUACUCGACUUCAUCUACAUCACUCGCCGCAACAUCAUCAACUCAAAGAGCCUCGACGCGAUGGAUGACGCCUUGGAGCGUUUUCACAGAUACCACAAGAUAUUCCAAACGUCCGGUGUUCGACCUAAAGGGUUUAAUCUCCCUCGACAACAUUCACUAAUCCAUUACCAUAAGCUCAUUCGAGCGUUUGGCGCGCCAAAUGGGCUUUGUUCAUCGAUUACAGAGUCCAAGCACAUUAAAGCCGUCAAAGAGCCAUGGCGCCGUUCAAAUCGUUUCGAUGCUCUCAGCCAGAUGCUACUUACCAAUCAAUGUAUUGACAAGCUAGCUGCUUCACGCGUUGAUUUUGUUGACCGCGGGAUGCUACAAGGGACAUGGAUACUAAACACUCCAUUGGCAGCACCCAUUGAACAAGAUAUCCCGGACCAGGACGAGCCUUUUGGACGCUACCAUCACGCAACUACUGAUGAUGCUGGAGGCAAUGCAGACGAAGAUGAGGGUAACGCCGACACUGAGCCCGACGCUGAUGCUGUUGCCGGGCCAACGGUACUUGCCCAUGUUGACCUGGCGAAGACAGCUGCCAAACGACUUUACCCGGAGCUCAUUGCAGAUCAGAUAGGUCAACCCAACUUCACGACUUUGAUUCAGUAUUUUCUGCACGACCAAUGUUGCUCUGACACCAAUUCAUCUAGCUCUGACUCAUCCCGGUCAGCACUUCCUGAGAUCUACGAAAAGAUCACACUGUACACUUCAGCUGUGGCGACCUUCUUUGCUCCUAGUGAUCUAUCGGGGAUCGGCGGUAUGCGCUAUGAGCGUAUUCGUGCUGUAGAUAGCUGGAGAAAUGGCCCUGGACGCUAUGAUUGUGUCUUUGUUAGCACUGAUUCACUAUUUUUUUCUUUGAAGCAUGAUGGUAUCACAUACCCUUGUGCACUUGUACAGUGGUUCAAACAUGUGGCAGACUCCCCAGAUGAAAUUACGGGAAUGUGGGUUAUAGAGCCGGAGCUUCUCGAAGAUGGAACACGCUGUGUGUCUGUCAUCCACCUUGAUAGUAUUUUUCGUGCGGCCCACCUUAUACCAGUAUUUGGGGGUGACUUUGUGCCAACCAAUCUCGCUUACUCGCAGACACUCAAUGCUUUUCGCACUAUAAUAUUCUUUAGCUGA